UUUUCCGUUGCUAGGCAAGACAACAAGGAGACGCGCGUUAGCAGCAGAACAUCUGUUUAUUUUCAUCAGUUUUUGUUUAGUUUUCUUAACAAAACCUUAAUUAUUUCUAUUGUUUUCAUUGUAACAGUUAAGUUUCUUGUUUAUGCGAUUUUCUAGACGAUUGUAGGUCGAAUUAAUUAGCUAUUUCUUUUUUUAAUCGCCCUCUGCGUGCCAUUCAGCGACCGUUGUUUGUUAGUUAGCUAGUUAGCCAACCUAACUAAGCUAAGCUAAGCUAGUUAGCCGGGCCAGCUGAAGCUUUUGUAGACUGUAGAGUGUGCUGCUGAAGGUGCAGAGCGCUGUGAAUGGUCUUAGUGCAGAGCCACUGAGUGCAGCAACACAGGGCGGUGUUCAUGCCAGAUCUGCAGCGUGCGAGCUUUCCGUGCCGCAGCAUGAAUCCGUGGCUGGGAGAACAGGGUGAAGCCUCCGCUCCGGACUCCCCUUCCACCCUGUUCCCCGACUCCUCCUUCCUCCUGCUGGCCGAGCCGCAGCUCCACACACAGGGUCCGGACGGCGGGGCCGACCUUCUCGCCCUGGCGCCGGUUAACGGCUCUCGCCACCGGACCCUUCCUCCUCAUUCCCACUCUUCUCACCCUCCCGCCGCCGCUGCGCUGCGCAAUGACCUGGGCUCCAACAUCAGCGUCCUGAAAACGCUCAACCUGCGCUUCCGCUGCUUUCUGGCCAAAGUACACGAGCUGGAGAGGCGCAAUAAGAUUCUGGAAAAGCAGCUGCAGCAGGCGCUGCAGAGCAACGCCAGCGAGGAGCCGGGGCCGCGAACACAGAGCAAAGAGAGCGGGGUGCAGACUGGCUUCGUGGGCCCCAUUCCCGUCCGGCCCUCGUCGCUUCCUUUCCAAAACACCACAACCGGCCCUUCCGCGAGGAGACCCACCGUUCUGUUCACGCCUCCCCUCGCCGCCACGCUCCAGGCCCGUCACGCCAAUCCGACCAUCACCCUCAGCGCAUCAACACCCAUCGAACCGGCCGCGGCGAACACCAACACAAACAACUCCAAUAAUGCCCCCAAUGCGCACAGCUCAGCACCCAACCCUCCUCCCCGCUUUCUGCCCGGCACCAUCUGGUCCUACAGCCCCAGCCGAAGACUGGGCUCGGGCACGGAGAGGGUCACCAGCCCUGGGGUGUCAUGGGUGCAUCCAGAUGGAGUGGGCGUGCAGAUAGACACCAUCACCCCCGAGAUCAGGGCGCUCUACAACGUGCUGGCCAAAGUCAAGAGGGAGAGGGACGAGUACAAGCGCAGAUGGGAAGAGGAAUACACAGUGAGAGUGGAAUUCCAGCAGAAGAUCAUGGAUCUUCAGGAUGACCUGCAGGAGAGUGAGGUGUGUCAGGAUGAGCUGGCUCUCAGAGUGCAGCAGCUGAAAGCUGAGCUCGUCCUCUUUAAGGGUCUAAUGAGCAAUGACUUGUCUGAGCUGGACAGCAAGAUUCAGGAGAAGGCAAUGAAGGUGGAUAUGGAUAUCUGCCGACGCAUUGAUAUCACAGCUCGCCUCUGUGACCUGGCUCAACAGAGGAACUGUGAGGACCCUAUCAAAAUCUUCAAGGUUCCCAGCCCCCAGUCUUCCAUCAACUGUCGUCCUCGGAAACAGGCAGCUCAGUCUGCUAAUGGCAGUGAGACUGAUGAGCCAAUCAGCACCUCAGAAAGUGAUGGAGGUGGAGUAAAAGAGGAGGAUGUGGGCACCACCUCGGCCAAUCAGAUUAAUGAAGAGAUGCAGAGGAUGUUAUCCCAGUUGCGUGAAUGUGAGUUUGAGGAUGACUGUGACUCCUUGGCCUGGGAGGAGACUGAAGAGACCCUGCUGCUCUGGGAGGAUUUCCCAGGAUGUACUUUAACUUCAGACACCAAUCAUAGUGAGGUAAGACCUCAGCAAGAGGAGUGUCUUGAGAAGGUGAUUAAAGAUACAGAGUGCCUGUUUAAGUCCAGAGAGAAGGAGUAUCAGGAGACCAUAGGCCAGAUUGAGUUGGAGCUGGCCACAGCAAAGUCCGAUAUGAACAGGCAUCUGCAUGAGUACAUGGAGAUGUGCAGCAUGAAGAGAGGCCUGGAUGUUCAGAUGGAGACCUGCAGGAGACUCAUUACCCAGAGUGGAGAGAGUAAAUCCCCAUCUUCUGGUCCUGGUGGAGGUCUAGAAGUGAGUGAUGAUUCAGAAAGAGAGAAGACUGGAGAAGGAGGAAGAUAAUAUUGAAUGAAGAAUGAAGAUACUGAAAGGAAAGAGGAAAAAAAAACAGCUGUUUAACUUCUUCACAUCUCACUCUUAAUCCUAAGCCAUAUUUAGCCCACAGGUGCUGGUGCAACACUGCUGAACUCAUACUUUCCUCAAUGGUAGGAGCGUAGACAGACUGUCUUCAUCUCUCAGACCACUAAAUAUUUCCCAAAAUAUCAGAGAGCCAAUGGAGCAAAAAACGACCUGAAAUGACUCACACGCAUAGGAUUCUAAGGGUAACUGCCCCCUGGUGGUAGCUACUGAGCUACUUAAUUGAUGUUGUAAAGGUCUGUUGAUAGACCUGAUAUUUUUUAGACCUGCUUUCCAUUCAUCUUAAUUGUUUUGUGGCAUACUACUGACAUUUGCUUAACAGUUCACUAAGUAACAUUCAUUUUAUUUCAGGGACAAAAUAAUGUCAUUGUAAGAUGUCAAUUAUGUUGCAUGUUGUUUCAAAUGGGAAGGCAACGAAGGGGUGCUAGAUGAACCCUGGUGGCUUUUUGCUUUAUUCAAGUGAAAAAACACAGUGAUAGAUUCUGUGAUUUGAUCAAAUGAGCAGUACACUCGAAAUUUCAUAUUAUCAGGUGGUAAGAUCUGCUUUGUGUGGUGUGGCUAACUAAAACCUUGUCGCGGAUGUGACUGCCACAGGUCUGUGCACUUUGUGAUAAUGCCCUUCUUUCUCGCUCAGUUUAAUUUUGAACUGGAAUCAAACUUGAAGAACAUUAUUCUGUCUAAGGUAAUUUAGUCUGUCUGAUUGGUUGUGGAUGGUGAUGAAUCCUAAAUGAUAAUGCUGUAUAUUCUCGCAGUCAUAUUUUAAAUGGCAUAAAUAUAAAUAUCUGCUUUGAGGGCAGAGUUUUUGUGGUUGGUGCAGCCUUAAAGGCUGUUCUGAGAUCAGUUUCACUGCGUCUCUUAGUAAAAGGGCAGUUGUUUCCACAGCUUUACGAGGAUUUGCAAGUCAAAAUGCUUUUAUAUACCAUCCACUUUCCAUAGUACUGUAUUCUAGGUCUACAUAGUGUCCAUGUCAUGCUGUUCAGGAAAAAAAACAGAAAUGUAAUUGUAAUGAAUUCAGCUUGGAUCAGUCUGUGCUGUAAAAUUAAUAAGUCUAAAAGAUUGUAAAACUGGUCUCAGCACAGUGUGAGCACUAAAGCUACCACU